CCCAUCCUAGAGGACAGAGCGAUGCGGAGACAAUAGGACGCCACGUCGGAGGAGGCUGCAGGAUGCUCAGCGCCACAUCUACUGACACACGGCUGCUCGGAGGCUUCCCGCAGGACACCGACACCCGGCGUCCCUCCCGGCUCCCUGGCCCUUAGUAUGUGCUCACAUACCCCUGUGUGUUCAGCAGCAGCCCGGGCUGACAGGACAGACUUAACAGCCCCCAUAUGGGAACCAACUGAAGGUGACACCAGCUGUUAGCUGCUGCUGCUCCUGUCCUAGCUGAGCAUCCAUUCCUCAGUCUUUCCACCCCACGGUCCGUCCCAGCAAGCAUUCCUCACCAUGAGCUCCUCUCCGCUGGUUUCUCGAGCCAACAUGGACAUCCUGGAUGAGCUACAGCUGAUUGCUGCCCAGAACCUGGAGAGGCUGGAGGUCAACAAGUACUACGAGGUGAUCAGGGAACUGGGCAAAGGCACCUAUGGCAAGGUGGACCUGGUCAUCCACAAGAUCAGAGGUACAAAAAUGGCACUGAAGUUCCUGAAGAAGAAGACAACCAAGCUGAAGUCUUUUCUACGGGAGUACAGCAUCUCCCUCUACCUGUCUCCAUGCCCCUUCAUCAUCAACAUGUUUGGCAUCGCCUUUGAGACUGAUGAGUAUUACGUGUUCGCACAGGAGUACGCUCUGGCAGGAGACCUCUUCGAUAUCAUUCCUCCACAGGUUGGUCUUCCUGAGGCAGUGGCAAAGCGCUGUGUGCACCAAGUAGCCAUUGCUCUGGACUACCUGCACUGCAAGAAGCUGGUCCACAGGGACAUCAAGCCUGAAAACAUCCUCAUUUUUGAUCGAGAGUGCCGCAAGGUCAAGCUGUCUGACUUCGGCAUGACCCGCCGUGCUGGCUCACCUGUGAAAAGAGUGAGUGGCACCAUCCCCUACACGGCUCCAGAGCUCUGCGAUGUUUCUCGCCACGAGGGUUUCUGCGUCGACUACAGCACUGACGUCUGGGCCUUCGGUGUGCUGCUCUUCUGCAUGCUUACCGGCAACUUCCCGUGGGAGAAGGCGCUACCCUCCGACUCCUUCUACCAGGAGUUCAUCCGCUGGCAGAGGAGGAGGACGAACACGGUGCCAUCGCAGUGGAGGCGCUUCACUGAGCAGGCUCUCCGCAUGUUCCGCCGACUGCUGUCUGUGGAGCAGGACCGCCGCUGCUCCGUCAAAGAGGUGUUUGGGUACUUCAGCCACUCCUGGAUGCUGGAUGCGGAGAACGACAACAACAACGGCAACACGGGAGGCGGAGGUGGUGGGGAGAGAGUGAGCGGUGGAGGAGGAGGUGGUGGAGGAGGAGGAGGAGGAGGAGGGGGUGUGCGAGGAGAUGUGGAUGGCACAAUCUCGUCAUCUUCAUCUGGGGAGGAAGAUGAGGAGCUCCUAGUGGAGAGGAUGAAGCAGCAGACUCUGUCGCCUCGCUCCCCGCUGUCCCCCCUCUCCCCCAUGUCCCCCAUGGUGGUGGAGAGGGGGAGCGGCGGCGGCGGCGGCGGCAGCGGGGCCAAAGGAGGGAUGAUAGAGCCAGGUGGGGGCCACCAUUUUGUGUCCGUCUCCACCAACAGCUCCGUGUCGUCUACCAACAGUUACGAUCGGAUGCCGCGAGAGAACAGUUCACCAGGCGGCCGUAUGCUGGUAGCUACACCCAUAGAGAUCUGCGUCUGAGCGUGUCAGGACAUUGUGACAGACUCACCGGUACACACUUUUAUACCUCUCAUCCAACCACAUAGAUGUGCAUGCAUGGGAAAAGAAACAAACAGUUAAGUAUGAGCACGUAUCCUGUUUCCAACAUCCUGACAAAGGAAGAGCACACAUAUGGAAGACUUAAGACAGCGUCUUUGCAGAAUGCCAACAUUCCUCCUGAUGGAGGUCACAUGUCCUCUACAGACUCCAGAAGAAGCCUUGAGCACACUUUGACUUCCAUGUUCAAGUGUUGUAUAGGGAAAUCCAGAGCAAAAAUGAUUUUAGAAAAUUGCUUCCAUUCGAGAUUCUGUCACUAAAACCAUCUGAAAAGAAGACCAAAAUAUUUUUCUUAAAGCAAUACUUCCAGCUACAAAAAAAAUGAAUUACAAAUAGUGCUGGAACAGUGUGAUCUCUUCAAGACGUAUCAUUUUUGAUGAAGCCAAGAGACAAGGGAUUUGUAUUUUUGAAGAAGACUGAAACAGAACUCAAGGAAAAACCUUGUAAGAUAAAAAAGGAGUGAGCGGUGGUUUUCAAUGCUUCACGUGUAACAAAAAUGUGAAAGUGCGAGUGUGUUUGUGUGUAUCGCUGUGUGUUCUGUAUGUAUGAAUCUAAAAGAUGUGGAUUUAUUUUGCUUUGAGAAUUUUAUUAUUUAUUUGAAUCUAAAAAGACUACACACUCUAUUUUUCCUAUUGUUUUUUGUAAGGUAGCUUUUUUUGUUUUUCAUUUGACUCGACAUUGUAGUAUGGCGUUCAGACGUAGCUGUGCCAAAUCCACUUCUCUGUGCAACACACUGGGCUGGCUGCUGUACAUAUUGGUACGAACACUUGUACAUUAUGUAAGAUGAUCAAUAGAUUCCAGAUGGAAUAUUCUACCACUGUAGGCAUCAGACUGGAGUGAGAGAAGGCUUAUGAUGUCUCUGUUCUCCAUGACAAACAUAUCUACUUCACUGUUGAAAGACUUUUUUCUACUCAUUCUUGAAAUUCUGUUUGUAAAGCUUUUCUUUGAAGCUUUUUCCGAAAACUUCUGUCUGCCUUGCUUAACUUUUCAUCGAAACUUCAACUGAUAAAAAAAUGUGUUUUCAUCUUUUAGCUAAAAAUUAUAGUCUGAAAAGAAAAACUGAUCAGUUUAAAUUCAAUCUGAAACAAAAAAAAAAAAAUCACUGAAGAGUCCCCUUUUAUAAACUGCAUGACAAGUAGCUCAAAUGUUCCAUCAUGAGAAAUUUCAACUGGCUUUACAAAAAAAAUGAGCAAAAAAAGGAUAAAAAUCUUAAAAUGUCGUGACGUGAAUUUUUUUUGCAGUAGCACAAUUUCUUGCAUUACGUCCUGGAGUGAAUCUUACUGUUAUGAUCUCUUCAGACAUACUAGGGCUAAAAAAAUCUGAACAAUAAUUAGUUUCUAUUCAGUGUGAUGUAUUUGUAUUGCUAUUAAUGUUGUGUACUCAUCUCACCACCUUGAAAAACAGUUAAAAAAAAAAAAAAAAACUAAGCAUGAGGACAAAGAGCGAGAGGCUUGAAAUUAUCACAGGUAGGGAAUUAAAUGAUGCAUCUUUGGUUCAAAUCUGUGCUUCUAAACAGCCGCCUUUAAUGAAGUAAUGUGGCCUUGAUUGUUUUCUCUCUCUUUUUUUUCCCUUUUUUUAUCAAGUUACAAUUAAUCGCAAAAAAAGUAAUCCAUUCCUUUUUGACUCCUCCUGAAUAUCAAUCUAAAUAUUUUGAAAAAAAAAGAGGAGCAUUGGAUCAUGCAAAGGAAUGGGCAUUUUGUGUGCUGCUUUCCAGACAUAAACUUGCAUGACCUUGUAUGUGCUAAAAGCUCUGUUGUGAAAAUCUGCAGUGUUUCUCCUGUCACAAGCUGUAGUGCUCUGUAGACGUAGUAUAGCUGCAAACAACAUGUUUCUUUAUCCUCGGCUCGGAUCUGCCUGACCGAGGAUCACCCAAACUCAGUUUUUGUUUGGAUCAUGUUCUUCAAAGCUGCUCCCGGAUCAGCAGGGGAGCAUGCAGAUUUCUACAUCUUGUGACAAUCUCUGACCUCAUCAGCAGCCUUCUGACUCAGAACAAUAGACAGUCCUGAUACAGACACUGUAGCCGUGUGUUUUCUGCAGCCGCUCGCUCCCCAUCAGCCAGCUGCAGGCAGCACUGGCUCUGCAGUGUUUACUGUGUGAGCCUCACAUUCACAUAACUGUAUGAAGCCUGUACAUGACCUCAUCAUGUGUAUUUACCCCAAAACCACCUUCUACUCCUGCUUAGCAGUGCCCACAUACAUCUAUCACCAAUGCUAAAACAGCGAUUUAGUCUCAUAUUUGAAGCAAUGUGAGUAGUAAAUUCGGGACAGGGUGUGGCCAUUUUAGAAAAAUUCUAACAAUUGAGAUCUAACUUGUAAUUAGUUUACAUUAGCUGGAACUGAAACCACAUAAAUGGUUAAAGAAUUAAAAAUGAUGUUAAUUUGUGGUGUCUCUUAAAGCUGGAAGCAGAAUUGUUGAUGCUAACAGUGACGUGACAAUGCUAAGGCAGGUGUAGGAGUUUUGAUAAGGAAGCUAACAAUCUUACUUGUUUCGAAUAUUUUCCCAAAUACUUUACUUACUUUACAGUUAAUUACAGAUGCUUUGGUUUUAUUCAGAAAACCAUGCUAGUCCCUUUUUCCAUUUGCAUAGAAAACAACAUUAGCCUAUUGUUACAAAGCCCCACUUCUGGAGUACAAGGUGUGAACUGUUGUGCUUGUACACACCCUAUUUUUUUAUUUGUACAGGAAAUUACAGUGAAUUUUUAAUUUACUUCAUGUUCUUUUUACUUAAGUCAUUUGUUUUUCAAGUGUGGAACCAAAAAACUAUUAAUAGUUUAGCUAUCUAAGAUAGCUAACUAAACUUUUGACAAGUUUGAAAAGUUUAGCUAGCUAAGAUAGCUAGCUAACCUUUUAAUAAGUUUUUUGGCUCCUCACUUUCGACAAGUAGCAACAGUAAUGUAGUUGUGAUGUCUUUUAGUUUGUUCUAAAAGCCAUAUAUCCUCUUCCCUCAUUUUUUGGAAAUUGGUCAUUUUAACUUUAUUAUAAUAUCCUACAAAACUGUCCGGGGCUCAUUUCAGACAAUAUAGCCCAAUUUGUUAGCCAAUCUCUAACCUCUGCUAAGCUGUGCAAAAAUAAUGGCUGCUAUGAGCUGUACAAAUGAAAUCUUACUGUCAAUUCUAAUGAAUGAGGGAUCACCAAAUAGUCCAAAUUGCUUGGAUGAGAGAAAAAAUGAGUGAGCAACCCAAAACAGGGACUGUUCAACCUAGGGUACAGCUCCAUGUUAUGAGGCAACAGUGCAACCAACUGCGCUACCGUGGAAGUACCAAGAAAAUCACUCCUGCAAUAUUAUCAAAACUACUUACAAUAUGAAUUUGCAACAAACAGUAAAAAAUCAAGCAAAUCUGUUGCAAAUUUGCACCAGUUUUCCACAAAGUUAGAUAGAGGUCACCUGCCAGUGUGCCACACAACUAAUGUUCUAAUGAAAACGUGAUUGCUACUAAUACCAACCUGUUACCACAGGGUUACUAGAAUUCAGCACUACUGUACAAACAAUACUUUGCCAAUACUGGUUACGAAAGAAAGAAGCUGAUUUUUGGUUUAAUCUUGACACAGUGUCAUCCUAACAUAGUUUUCAUUGUAAUGACACAGUUUUUAGAAGUUCAGGACACGUGUAUUUGCCACGACACACCUUCCCUUUUCUCACCACUAGUGUUUGAGUCAGUCACUGCUGCCUGUUCAUCUCACCCAUAACGUGACGUGUUGUAAUGGAGUUCCAGUGUCUUUCUGUCUGGUGACAUAUUUCAAAGCAUCAUGAUUUUAGUGGAGUUUUAGUGAGUAGAUGACCACAGCACUAGAACCCGUAUCCGGUUUUGUCUUUGCAAUACAACUGUCUUCCUGUAGGCUGAGAUUUAGUCAAUAAAAUGAGAAUUCUUGUUGGA